ACUCGAGUCACUCGCAACUCGAGUUGUCAAAAAUUUCACUCGAGUCCGAGUAAGAAAAAAAUGACUCGAGUCACUCGAGUAAAAAGCAACUCGAGUCCCAUCACUAGUUUAUUUUAACCUUGUACUUUUUUGUUUUCAUAUCACACUUGUCAUUUUUAUAACACAAAUAAAAAAUAAAAUAAGUAAUAAAGAAUAUUGUCUGACGGACGAUACAAAUAAUAAGACGGAGUUGCUUAUAUAAAUUUAUAAAUACUUGACCCUUAUCGUCUUAUCGUUUGUCAUAACCAUUAAAUAGUGUGAUACAAUACAACUGUGAUGGAAAUAUCUUGAUCGAAUCUUACAAAUAUCGAAUCGUACCUUUAAGUGUAAUUUUAGAUAGGCUAACGGUUUUAUAAAGAAAAGUCGUCUUAAGAUAAUUAAAAUGUCUUUCAUAAAUAAAAGUGCUGUGUUGAUACCAAUGUUGUCCUCUAAAAUCUUUCAAUGUACAGGAUUUUUAAAUUAUGCAGUAACACGAAGGUACAGUGAUCAGAAGCAUCACAGUUAUGAUAUUGUUGUGAUUGGAGGAGGAAUCGUAGGAUCUGCUUCUGCUCGUGAAUUAAUAUUACGACAUCCGACUUUGAAGAUAGCAGUAGUUGAGAAAGAAAAUAGAUUUGCAUGCCAUCAAAGCGGAAACAACAGUGGUGUAAUUCAUGCUGGCAUUUACUACAAACCUGGUUCAUUGAAAGCAAAACUUUGUGUAGAAGGCCUUAAUUUAUCUUACCAAUACCUUGACAAGAAAGGUAUCAAAUAUUCAAAAUGUGGGAAACUCAUUGUAGCUACACAAAGGUCUGAAGUGCCCCGCCUUCUUGAUUUGUAUGAUAGAGGAGUUAAAAAUGGUGUUAAGGAUAUAAAACUAAUGGAUUCUAAAGAGAUGCGUGAAUUAGAACCAAAUUGUAGGGGACUGGAAGCGUUGUGGUCCCCACACACAGGUAUUGUUGACUGGGGUGUAGUGACAAAUUCCUAUGUAAAAGACUUUGAGGAAUGUGGUGGGAAGAGUUACCUUAACUUUGAAGUAACCAAGUUCAUUGAAUCAGAAGGCGCUGAGCACCCUGUUAUUAUAAAUAGUUCAAAAGGUGACAAAAUAGAAGCUAAGUAUGUGUUAACUUGCUGCGGUUUACAAUCUGAUAAAGUAGCAGUGCUGACUGGAUGUCCUGAAGAGCCUAAAAUAAUUCCAUUCAGAGGUGAAUACCUGUACUUAAAGCCUAGUAAAAGUAAAAUUGCAAAUGCCAAUAUUUACCCGGUACCUGACCCCAGAUUUCCUUUUCUCGGUGUACACUUAACACCAAAAAUUGAUGGCAGAGUUAUUGUUGGACCAAAUGCUAUCUUAGCAUUUUGUAAAGAAGGAUACAGAUGGGGUGAUGUUAAUAUGAAGGAGUUCAGAGAAAUCAUUAGAUUUUCUGGGUUUCAAAGGAUGGCUUUAAAAUAUGCAAGUUUUGGGCUAAAAGAAAUGACUAGAUCACUCAUUAUGCCACUCCAAGUGAUGCAGAUACAAAAAUAUAUACAAAACAUAACUAGUGCUGAUGUAGAAAGAGGGCCGGCAGGAGUUAGGGCACAAGCUAUGGCAAAAGAUGGUACUUUGAUAGAAGAUUUUGUGUUUGAUUCUCAACCUGGAUCUGGGGCGAUAGGUAGCCGAGUGCUGCACUGUAGAAAUGCCCCAUCGCCUGGUGCCACCUCAUCAUUGGCUAUCGCUAAAAUGAUAGCAGACAAGAUGGAAGAAGAGUUCAAACUAUAGCAAGUUGUUUUUAUAUCAUGUUUAUUUAUUACACUACUUACUUUAUAAGUGUAACUUUUGUUAUCAGGCUAAUGUUAUAUGAGAAUAGGUAAUGUAAU